CGGUUUCCAAGUCAUCCCGACCGACGCUGUGCUUCGAUCCAUUGGGAUCGGAUUUGCCCAAACGGCGGCGCCCGCGACUGGAACGCGUCAAAUAACGACGUCAAUCGUUUACUCGCCGGAUUACGUGAUUCAAGACAUCAUAAAGGACUACACAUAAGGGUGCUCGGCCAACAGCAUGGUGCUGCUGUAGCGGAAAGGACACAUCCAGUCACUCGCCAUGCCUCAAUUACAAUCCAGCUGCCGGCCCGUCUGGCUCAUCUGUUGUCUUAUUUCAGUGGUACACGCUCAUACUCUAAAUGACCUGAGCGCACCUCAGCAGGUGAGCCUGACGCGGGACAUGCGCACGCAGCAAAUAUUCGUCUCCUGGCUGGGAGGCAGCGUCACAACGUUUGACGUCAUGAUCCUGAGGACGGAACUCAAUGAAACAGUCUUCCACGACACGCUGCACGUGCCUCUCAACCAGACAACUGGCCGGUACGAGUGGAACUGGACCUCAGCGGAACCGCUGGAAUGUACCUCAUUGUCUGUCCAAAUCCGUUCCAGAGAGGGCACAGCGAGCAGUGAAUGGAGCAGCACGCAGAUCCUCCAAGGAAGCGAUCUGCCUACGAAUGUGAACUUCCAGUUGUACCCCCAGGACAAAAUUGUGCCUGUAGGGGGCAGCACCACCUUCUGUUGCAUCGUGGCAGAAGGGCGGCUUUUCGGUUCGAUCCAUUACGGCGGCGCGGCCGUGAACGCCACACGGCUGAGUCGCCGGAGUUACGCCAUCACCGUGACUCACCGGGCUCCAUCCAACAGAACGGGCACCAAUAUCAUCUGCCAGGACAGCGUCGAACUGAACAAACUGUCCGGAGCGGUGGUAUUUGUUGGAUAUCCUCCUCUCUUCAGCGACUUUCAGUGCGAGACUCGCGAUUUGAAGUCAGCCGAGUGCCAGUGGAAAGAAGCGCGAGACACAGGACUGUACGGCAAACGGAGAACCGUCUACUCCCUGAACAAUAGGAAAUGCACUGACGGCACUCUGGAUGAAAAGCUCUGGAAAUGUAGCGCGGCGCAGUGGGAGGGUAACUGGACGCUGGAAGCUGCGAAUCCUCUGGGCGAGUACAGCGCGUCGGAUUCAGCUGAGAUCCGAGACAGGGUGCGCCCUUUGGCGCCUUCCAACCUGAGCUGCGUUGUCAAUGCAUGGAAUGCCACCUUAGAGUGGAAGUGGGAAUAUGACGCCUAUACUUCCCUGGCGCUUGUGUGCCAGGUCGAGAUGAGCACUCAUGGCAUCAAAACAAAGCGGACCUUCACGGGCGUCGGUCUGAGGACGGUGCGGCUUUUGGAGCUUUAUCCCGAUGAGGAUUACGACGUUAGAGUGCGCUGUGGAGCGCAGCGGAAUUUCUGGAAGUGGGGAAACUGGAGCCAACCCCUUUCUAUCAAAACAAAUAUAGAUGUUCCAGAUCAGCCUGAUGUGUGGAUGCACAUCAACAGUGACAACACUGGUCAGAUCAUUUGGAAGCCACUGACGGCCCGAGAAAGCCACGGGCAGAUCACGUCUUUCGAGGUGACGCUCUGGAGCCCCCGGGAGAGCCUGCGGCACACCAAAACCCUUCCCGCCGACACUUUUGCGCUGCCAUUCAACCUCGCCGAAAUUUCCACCUUCACCCGUGACAACCGGCUCACGGCAGCCGUUGUUGCCAAAAACGCUGCUGGGCAUUCACUGCCCGCAAGUGUAAUCAUACCUCUGGAUGUCGCAGACAAGAGUCCUAUUGUUGAGUCCAAGGCGGUUUACGUGGAUGGAGGUUUCCCCCUGUUCUGGCAGGACGACGGCAACUCGAGCUGUGGUUAUGUCGUCGAGUGGCAAGACGCGCUCUGCCAACGAGACUGCGCCGUCGAGUGGGUCAAAUUCGCAGCGGGCAACGCAAACGCCACCAUUGAGUCAGCCAACUUCCAGCCAGGCGUGAGCUACAACAUCUCCCUGUUCAGCUGCUCCUCUGAGCUGCUGCGGCGCUGGCAGGGCUACAUGCAGGAGCUGGCACCCGCCGGGUCCGUACCCCACCUGUCAGUCAGUCAGCAGGACUCGGACGUUCUCUUGACGUGGGGAGCCGUGCCGGAGGUCAGCAGGAGAGGAUACAUCCGGGGCUACAACGUUUACCUCAGCAAUGACUCGCAGCUUGUCAAAUUAGGCAAUCUAUUGGGAGAGGGAAGCAGGAAAUACACAGUGAAGGGUCUCUCCGAAGGCCCCUAUAAAUUCACAGUCAAAGCCUACACCUCAGCAGGCGAGGACACGGGUGCCACCAACUCCAUCACAGUCGAGCUCUUCGCUGACUGGCUCAUCCUGGAAAUACUGGCAUCUAUGGGAGCGACGGCAUUAUUGCUCGCCAUUUUGACUUUCCUUUGCUAUAAGAAACGAAAAUGGGUAAAGACGGCCUUUUACCCAGACAUUCCUCAGCCGAAAUUGGACGACAGUUGGACCAGAACGCAAGGUCCCCUGGACGUGAGGCCAUCGCCUCACAACCUGGUCCAUGUGGUAGAAAAGCCCGAAUUGGUCGUCAUUCCCGAAGAGGACGAGGAUGAGGAGGAUCAGAUGAUCGGAGAUGAGCGAGCCGACGCAGACGAGCCGGCGUCUUUACGUUACUACAACCCGAUAGUUGACGAGCGCCCCAUCAGGCCGCGUUACCCUGAUUCCUCAGACUCGUCCGCCUCUUCAAUGGACUCCGGGCAGACCGACGUGACUUACACGGGGAUCCAAACUUCAGGCUCGUCUCUGGUCUUCCAGACGGAUCAACCGAGUUCCGUUGAGGUCGAAAUGGCCGCAAGCAAAGGCGGUUACCGGCCUCAGAUGCAACCCGCUGCACCGAGUGACGACGUGCGGCCGGUCACGCUGCGGUCUUUCCAAGAGCCUCGCGCCGCCUGCUCUGAAGGCUACAAACCCCAAAGCUCUUGGCAUUUUGAUUCGACUGGAGGGGCGGAGGAGCAGGAUUGCCUGGCACCCUGUUUGGGCUCACCCACCUCAGUGGCAUCCACCCAAUGCCUCCUCCCUGACGGCGAGUCAGAGGAGCGCGGGGAAGCAAAUGGUCCGCUCUCAAAUUCGACAGCAGGCUGGUUCACCAACCUGCUGUCCACUGCGAAACCAUGAUGUCCUCUCAUUCGAAGCUGCCCGCCCAGCGGGUUGCCCCCUAACACUUGUACGUUCAUUCGUGUUCCCGGUGACGUGAAGCAAACUGCUAAAGGCUUCACCCAUCCGGCUAAAAUGUAAUAGCUUCAUUUAAUGUAGCAGUUUGUACUCUGACGAAAAGCAAACACGAGACUCAAGUGUGAUUCCGCCAAUUUCCUCAUUAUGUGGCCAGGGGCAUUGAUUUACUCACGAUUCUCUCUUGAAAUGCACACGGCACUGCUUUCCGUCUCAACUCCACUGUGACUUUCAGCUUUACAGAUGCCACGUGUCGUGUGCUCGCGGUGCGUGUUAGCGGUAUCAGUCGUAAUGUAAAAAAAAAAUAUAUAUAUAUAUAUAUCCCGAGAGCAAAAAAUGAGGCAUCUAUAAUGUAUCCUGUAUGCAGUGUUGUUGUCUAAGUGGGCGACACUGGCAAUUUGAGCGGAGGCCACUAUUUGAGGAAAUAUGCUACGUGUAGUCGCUUUGUUCAUGACUGUGGGCAUUCAGCACUGGCACGUUGUUGUAUUCCACUGUUGGAGCUUUUUGUUUGUACUUUUUUUUUUUUUUUUUUUUAACUUGUGAAUAUAUAAACGGAGAACAAGCGUAUGGAAGUAGAUUAGUGCCACCAGGAUUUGAAUUUCAAAUGCAAAGUGAUCACAUUUUCAAUUGUCGUAUUUCAGUGUAACUUCAAUGUUAACAAUUCAACUGGCUACAAUUCGUUGUCUGAAAUUCAAGCGGCUACAAUUCGCUGUCUAAAAUUCACCGACUGUGCCACCAGGCAGGGUUACUUCAGGUCAGAAUCGAACACCCAGCCAAUCCAGGUUCACUUUCUUAGUAUGUGACGUCACGUGACUAAGAAAGCGUAACUGCGAUUGGGUGGCUGUUGGGUUCUGACCUGAAGUAACCCUGCCAGGUGGCACAGACGGUGAAUUUCAGACAGCAAAUCGUAGCAACUAUUGAAAAUGCGAUGACUUUACAUUUCAAAUUCAAUUCCUGGUGGCACUAAUCUACUUCCAUACCGGCUGCUCAGAAAAUGGAUGGAUGGAAAAUCAAAGUAAUUUUAAAAAACAUUUCCAUAGGUAUUUGUUGAAACGCUACAAAAGAGUAUCUUUUUUUUUUACGUUUAAUAGGAGUGAAACAUUUCCGUUGUCUUUUGAGUGGCUCCCUCAAGAGAUGAUGUUCUAUGCACUUUUGAAGUCAUUAUUUUACACACAUUCAGAAGGUGAUUCAUUUCACACCCUGGAAAUGUCUGGAUGAUGACACUGAUGAUAUAAGCUCGAACAUGAUUGCAGCGUCGUGUUCUGAACAAAUGCUGUCAUGUUACUUUUAAUUGUUUACAUUUUCCUGGUUUAAUCUGUAGAGUUUGUUUUUCUAAAUAUUUCACAGGCCAGUAUUUUGUUAUUACCGUCACAUUUAGAAUGUCACCUGUCAGGUAGUCAGAAGCUUUCCAUGCGUCGGCCGUUGUUUUCAUUUCAUGUUUAAUUGUAAUGUUUCCAGUCAUUUGUACCAUGUCACCUUUUACAGACUGCCUUGCUUUGAAAUCAAAUGUUAGACAUUGUGGAAAAUGACUAACUCAGCAACGUAUGAGACAUCACGAUCCCGGUUAUAGUAUAUUAUUGUUUUUAUAAAGGAAUCUUUUUUUUUUUAUUUCACUUGAGAAAUCUUUGCCGUCUCCGUAUUCCUCUCAUGUUCCGAUACCUUUCCACAAAUUGUGUGCUGCCUCAAUUAUCCAUUGAUAUUCAUUUGCGUUGCAUAGGAUUGGAUUUUUAUGCUCAUUUCAAAGUCAAUUUUCUCAGCGCCACCAGCCGACAAGCUUUAAGUAAUCCUACUGUAACGGGAGCGGUGGCAAGAAUAACGUGGUUGGAACUGGACGACUUUGCUGGUCGACUUCUCAGGCAGUCCUUUUUUAUUUUUAUUUUUUUUUUUUGACUACUGAGGAAAAAUUGUCAUCACAGAGCAGUGCUAUUUUUGUUUUGCAAGAAAUAUCGAUUGACUGGAUUCAAUCCAAAAGCUAGAGUGGAUGGUCAAAUGACUGUCCGAGCCGAUGUGAGAUCAUAUGAAAAACACGAUGGAGUUUUGAGGAAUUCAGCAUGGCUGCACGUUUUCAUUGAGGGAGGAUAUAUUACGAGAUGUUACGUUGAUUUAUGUCAACAGGUGAUGUUUUAUACUAAAUCAGAUGUGCUCUACAUAUAUCCUUUUUCACUCUUGGGAUGUUGUUCAUGGCUUCACUAACAGAUUUGAAUAUUUGUGUUAAUAGUAGUAUCGCGAUUCUGUCUUCCGGUGAGAGCGUCAUCUGCUUUCACAGCGUUUUGUCACUUUGCCAGAUGUUGAUGUGAUGACGUUGAAAGCAGAAAUCUGUGCUUGUGUAGACGAUGACAUCAGGGUUCGUUCGCUCGCUGCCUUGCACACGUCGCCCUCCCUGAUUUGUAAACGCAUGUUGAAUAUGCCAACAUCACAAAAUCACGACACCUUGUACAGCUUGAGCUCCUACGGCUUUAAAAACUAACACCGACUAACGCCGGGCAUGACUACAGUGUAUGACUAAAUGUGCACCUAUAAAUGCUGCUUGAAAUUUCAAAACCGUGCAGAGAAUAUCGUUGUCGUCGCCAUUUCGACUGUGGAGGGAAAUAAGCAGACAGGACAAGAAAUUGUGGAUUUCUUUUGAACCAAUGCUGAAUGUUAAUACCAAUAUACAAGUGAAAUAAUUCUCAUGUAAAACCAAUAAAGAACUCAUUUGUCUGGCAAGUAGUCUGUUAUCCUU